CCCAGCAAGACUGAAACCGCUCUAGAUGCUCCUCUGGGGUUCUUUACAAUCCACCUGGCCUCCUUGAAAAAGGGGUUGCAGUUUCCCCUACACCCUUUGUUGGUGGAGUUCCUCAACAAAGUGGAUCUCUUGCCCUGCCAACUAGUCCUAAAUUUCUACCGUUACAUCACGGGCUACUUGAUUAAAUGUCAAGAGGCCAAGCUGACCCCAGCAUGGACCAAUUUUGUUCCCCUUCAAGCUCGCCAAGGGCCACAAGGCCAGACUGGGCCUCCUACGCCACUCUUUCCCAGCGGUCGAGCAAACUCUUUACCAGCGACAAGAAGGGCUCGACCAAGGAUUGGAAACCCUUCUUUGUCUUUGUUUCCACGAGGCCCGAAUCUCCUUUCACGGGUUCUGGGCACCCAUCAUUUCGUUGUGUCGCGCCUCCACCGCCAAACACCGCACUUCUGUCCAUCACAAGAAAGCUCUGCGACGGGGGCGCCGUCGAGAUUAGAUCAGUGGUCACCGAGGAAUCCCUCGCCAAGCUUGGGUUUGAGUUCAUCGGGGACAAACAUCGCCACCAGCCAAACUUGCUGAGGGAUCUCCACGGAAGAAACACCGAUUUCGGUCCCUUUGAAGGCGAGAUGGACGACCAACUGAUGUUGCGUUAUCUCCUUGGAGGGAAGAAGAGGAAGAGGGACGUAGCCCCCCAAGGCGAGGAGCGCCGUCCAUCCUCGAGCCAUGAGGAUUGCUUCCAGCUCGACCAGGCCUCGUUUGGGAUGCUUGAGAUCGCCAGCCGGGAGCACCUUCAUCGGUCUGCUUGGGAUGAGGUGAAAAAGGCGGAGAAGAGCCGCAGCUCUAACCUCGCGAGGGAGCUACUGGAAGAAAAGCGUCGCAGCUCCAACCUCGAGAGGGAGCAUCGCAGCCUGCAAGGUUGCUCUGCAAGUGGACUAGUGAGAUUCGCACUAACUCGCCGGAGCUUGGUCAAGAUGCUGUUGCUGGGGAAGAACUGGGUUCCUCCCAGCGAUUGUGGGCUAGCCCUUCGCCUCCUCGGGAGAACCCUAAGUGACCUGGAGUAGCUCUUCCUACUCCAGGGUCUCCGUCCUCGUAGGGGGAUGGUGCUCAUUAGGACUCACAGUACGAGCGACACCUUUUUUCUACACGGGAGAAGGAAGGUGGGUUUUUGUCACUGGUGGUGGAUACCCAUCCCUUCUCCAUGUUGGAGAAUAAAGUUGGGUCUUUGUC